UGUUGACAGCCUCUUAAUGUCGCUGAAUGGUGUUUAUUGACAUUAAGUAUAUGCAUUUCAUCUAUACAUAUCCGUGUACAUUAGUGUAAAAAGAUGACUAUUAUUUCGUUUACUUAUCAGUUUUGAUUACAGGCUCUGUAAACGUAUCGUCUUAUUUAAAUGUCGGCGUAAUUUGAACGUUAAUGUUCUCAAAUGCGGAUUCCAUGUUUUAUUUCCGUUCAUUGCACAUACCCUAUUAGGGGUUAUUGGCGUCCGAGUCCAAAGGAUUAAUUUUAUUCCAAAAUCUUACAUAAUUUUCAUAAAAUCUUACUGUCAAUUUGACAACUCAAAUCGGUCUCUUGGUUUUUAAUGUUUUGUCUUUCCCACAGGAAACAACGAACAAUUGAUUAUUACAACAACGUUUUUUUUCUGAUUUAAAAAUCAUCGAUUGACUAAAGAUAACCUGAAAGAGCGUCAUUGUUGUUAUUAUAAUUCUAAGCAUACUUAUUUAUGGAAAUCGGGUUUUAUAUUCUACAUUUUUCUCAGUGCAUCGCCUCAGGGCUUCUGGCAGAAAAACCUGGUCCUUGUUUUAGGUACUUACCGAUUAUACGAAUAGCAAUGUUGAACUUUAUAAACAUCAUGUAGGUACAUAUUAGGUAAAAUAAAAAUAAAGUAUCCAACACAGGUAGACGUAAUAUUUAAUUGGGAAAAUAUUUAAAUUAUUAUUUUUCAUGUCAGACAUAUGUGUGUCUGAUGAAUGAUGAGUAUUUGAGGCAUCAGAAGUUGCAAUCAUUCUCAAAUAGUCAUUUUAUCUUCAUUAAAAUUGUACCUAUACGCUAAAAACAUAGGCAACCUGCAAAUUAUUGCGGAUCACGAAAUUUCACUUAUACCAGUUCGCUUCAUACGUGGAGCUCGGUAAGCUACCGAAAUAACACCUAAUUUUAGUAUCUGAAAUUCUGAAUGAGAGAAAUCUCAGCACCCAUCUCAGUUCAUACCGUGGCCAAAAGCAGUGACAAUGUGGUUAUUGACUAUUUUUAUAGUUUUGUUAUUUUCUUUUUAUAAGAUUACAUUUCCUGGCCGAUCACGUUUUUAUCCUCCAGGUCCUUGUUCAUUACCAAUAAUAGGAAACCUUAUUUCCGUUUGGAUCGGGUUGAGAAAGCAGAAAUAUCACCAUAGACUUUGGCAAUCAUGGGCGAAUAUCUAUGGAGACAUAGUGGGUCUACAGUUAGGCUCUUUGAAUGUUGUUGUGGUAUUUGGAAAAGAUUUGAUCAAGGAAGUUUCUUCAAGAGAUAUGUUUGAGGGGAGGCCGGAUGGAUUAUUUUAUAUGAUACGGUCGUUUGGUAAAAAAUUAGGAGUAGUAUUUUCGGACGGGCAAUGCUGGAAAGCGACGCGUGGAGUACUCCUCAAGUAUUUGAAGGGUUUUGGUUACGGCACCCGCUCCAUGGAGGCAUACAUAGCCGAGGAGUGCACGGACCUUAUCAAACUUCUCUCAAGUUCGCGGCAGCCUAUAAUAGUUAAUGAUUUAUUCGACAUAUCAAUCGUCAAUAUCCUGUGGCGACUGGUAGCUGGCACAAGAUACGACUUGAAAGACAUUCGAUUAAAGAAGUUAUGUCAUAUGAUCAAACGGGCAUUUAAAGUUGUGGACAUGAGUGGCGGCGUGAUGAACUUCAUGCCUUUUCUGCGACAUAUCAUUCCUGGCGCCAUUGGAUACACGGAGCUGAAAGAACUUCACGAGACACUAUACUCGUUUAUAAAGGAAACUAUAAAAGAGCAUGAGAAAAACAUCAUUACAAAAGAUCCGAGAGAUGUCAUCGACGCCUUCCUGAUUGAAUCGAUAGAAAACAAGGCUGAUGCAAUUUCAGAAGAAGAGCUCCAAGUGGUGUGCCUUGAUAUGCUGGAAGCUGGAAUGGAGACCGUAGGCAACACGGCCGUGUUUCUUCUCCUGCACGUCUCUCUGAAUCCACAGGUGCAAGCGCGUCUUAGACAAGAGAUUGAUGAUGUAGUCGGCCCAAAACGAUCGCCGGCGUUGGUUGAUAGAACAAGAAUGGUGUACACCGAGGCGGUGAUCAUGGAAGCUCUCCGUAUCUCAAGCGUGGCCCCAGUGGGCAUCCCCCACAUGGCAAGGGAAAAAACGCGGCUCAAGAAUUAUGUUAUCCCUAAGGGUACAUUAAUCUUACUGGCUCUACACGACCUUCACAACGGCUCUCACUGGACGGACCCGCACGAGUUUCGACCCGAGAGAUUUCUCACAAAAGAAGGGAAUCUAGUACAGGAUGAGUGGCUAAUGCCCUUUGGGACAGGUAAACGACGUUGCAUUGGCGAAGGCCUAGCCCGCUCUGAACUGUUCAUGUUCCUGACAUACAUACUGCAGAACUUCACUCUAGUAAUACCUGAAGGCGACCCUACACCUUCGACGGAACCGGUCAACGGGGUGACACUCUCGGCGGAACCCUUCAGGCUCAUAUUUAGGCCGAGACGUUAAGUGACCAGUUCUUUGUAGGCACGGUUUGGCACAAAAUCUUUAUAAGUUGUUUAGUUUGUCAGAAUUAUUCUUUACAUUUUUUUUCUAAUAAUUAAGUAUUAUAUUUUUAUAUAACAUUUAUUUAUACCUACUACCUAAUGGUUUUUUGGUGAGUGUUUACAUUUCGUUAUUUUAUUAAAUUUUAAAUUAGUUGAUAAUAUGCUCUAACUGUAGUUUUACGACGUAUUUCAUUUUCUCGAUGGAUAUAACGAAUACCUAUUACUAAUGACUAAUUUAUUAUGACUCACUUUCGGGUAAAAAUAAAUUAAAUUUUUGGGGAUUUUUCAGAAAAUAGUGUUUUUUUUUUAUACUACGUCGGUGGCAAACAAGCAUACGGCCUGCCUGAUGGUAAGCAGUAUCCGUAGCCUAUGUACGCCUGCAACUCCAAAGGAGUUACAUGCGCGUUGCCGACCCUAACCCCCUCCCACCCUCGUUGAGC